AUGUUCAAACAACCUAACGUCGGACUUGCCAAUGUUGGAAAGUCUACCUUUUUCCAGGCUAUCACGAGAUCAAAGCUGGGAAAUCCCGCUAACUAUCCUUUUGCUACUAUUGAGCCAGAAGAAGCAAGAGUGAUUGUCCCCUGUGACCGACUUUCACAUCUUCAACACCUCUAUUCUUCCCAAAAGAAAGUCCCGGCAACCCUGAAGAUCUUCGACAUUGCAGGACUUGUUCGUGGAGCUGCUACUGGCGAGGGCCUAGGCAACCAGUUUCUCAGCGAUAUCCGGGCCGUUGAUGGGAUUUUCCAGGUGGUAAGAGGAUUCCAAAGCGACGAGAUCACGCACAUUGAAGGAAGUGUUGAUCCCGUGAGAGAUUUGACAAUAGUCCAAGACGAGCUGUUGUUGAAGGAUAUGGAGUUUGCAGAGAACUCGAUUGAGAGAUUGCAGAGACAACUGAAAAAUCGAUCCGGAAAGUCUCCCCAGGAGUUGAAGGAUAUAAAGGAAGAAGUUGAUACCUUGACUGUGGCUUUAGACUAUCUUAUGGAUGGUCGGAGGAUUGCUAGCAAUAAGCAAUGGAGCGAUUCCCAGAUCGAAAUACUCAAUCGGAAUAACUUUCUCACGGCCAAACCAUGUGUUUUUCUUUUGAACACUGACUUGCAUGACUUUGAGUCUCAAAGUAAUGACUUCCUGGAGUCAGUCGAAGAAUGGGUGAGUUUAAACUCCCCAGGCUCGGAGACCAUUCUUUUUUCUGCCCAGAAUGAAUGGGAUCUCAGCGAAAUUUCCGAUACUGAAUCGAAAAGUGCUCUUCCAACGAUUAUCACAGCUAUGAGAAAUGCUUUGGGACUGAUCAGCUAUUAUACCUGUGGACCUCUGGAAGCAAGACAAUGGACAGUGAGAGAGAACACGCUUGCGCCUGAAGCGGCAAGCGUAAUCCACACGGAUUUGCGCGAUACAUUCAUAAAUGCUGAGGUGAUAAAGUAUGCGGAAGUAGCUGAUUUGCAGCCUCCUUUUGACGAAAAGACCCUCAAGUCCAAGGGAAGGGUUCAAAGGGUAGGAAAGGCGUAUGUGGUUGAGGAUGGUGAUAUAGUCCACUUCAAAGCUGCUGCCGGGAAGAACAGGAAAUGA